GACCACAGAGCGCCACCCGACCAGGAAGGGAAGCCACCCUCGGUCGGACUCGUGACAGCAUUAAAGUCACCGACCCCUUGUCUUACCGGAGGCAGUCAUUCUGUCUUGCCGAUCCAUUCUGCAGCCAUUCUGUCUUGCCCAUCCAGCUUGACAGAGCAUGAGAGGAUCUGCAGAUAAAUCAUUUUGAUUGACAGAUGUCAAGCCAGGCAGCAGUAAUUGUUAACAACAGUCUGGAGAACUGGAAAGUGAUUGGUGCAGGAGGGUUUGGACAAGUCCACAAAGCCAGACAUGUGGUUUGGAGAAUGGAUGUGGCCAUCAAGUUGCUACAAUGUGAUGAUGGCUCUAGCACUUCCCUGCAUAAUGAGGCAGAAAUGCUGCGCAGGAGUACAAGCUCCCAUGUGAUAAAGAUUCUUGGAGUGUACAAGGAUUGUCCCCCCAAUUGCGGCCCUUCCAUCCAGCUGGGUCUUGUGAUGGAGUUCAUGGAGAGGGGGACACUGGAAUCCCUCCUGGACACCCUCUCUCUCCAUCCACCUUGGCCCCACCCCCUUGCCUGUCGCUUGGCCCACCAGAUCGCUCUGGGGAUGAACUUCCUCCAUUGCCUCAUCCCACCCCUUCUGCAUCAAGACCUGAAGCCCAAUAAUGUGCUGCUGGAUAACUACCUUGAUGCCAAGCUUGCAGAUUUUGGCCUGGCCAAGGUGUCCCACAGUGUUUCCAAGAUGAGCAAAGAGUUCCCUGGGAAGGCUGGGGGAACAUCUAGUUACAUGCCCCCUGAGGCUUUGGAAAAUGUGUCAUACAAACCCAUUCGUGCCUUUGACAUCUACAGCUAUGGUAUACUUCUGUGGUCCAUCAUCACUGGUCAGUCGAAGCCAUAUCCUGAUGUCCAUGCCAGAGAGUUCAGCAGGUUCUGUUUUCUCAUCAAAGACGGAAAACAGAGGCCUUCCCUGGAGGCAGUGGACGAAGAGCAGUUCGAGGGGCUAGGGGACCUGGUGGAGCUCAUGAAGAAGUGCUGGGACCAUGAGCCCCCUAAGAGACCCCCCUUCGAUGAAUGCGUCCUUGUGACAGGAAAGGUGUUUGAGAAGCACCAGAAGGGGAUACAGAAAGCCGUCAAUCAAGUGCUGCUAAAACUGAACCUGGGAAGUGAGGAGAGAAGUAAAACAUCAGGUGUUGGCACCCCCAGUGUAUCUCCAAGUUCAAAGCCACCUGCAUGUCCAAAAGACAAGGUGAAUAUCUCUGCUGAUGUGAAGACUGGUUCACUCCCUCCAUCACAGGAUGUGGCUGAUGGCUUGUCCUCAAAACCAAUCGACAAAGGUGCCCAAUUUGUGGAUGAUAACAUGGAACAACUUGUUCAAAGGAUUUCCCUGAUGAUGCCAAUAGCAGAUGGCCUGUACCAGAAGAAAAUGAUCCAUUAUGAGGAUUACUCUGAAAUCACUGCGGCCCAAACCAGUAUGGCAAAGAUGAGAAAGCUAUAUAUGGCCCUGCAACCAGGAGGAUCGGUGGCUAAAUCAGCCUUUUACCAAAUUCUACUGAACCAACAAUCUCUUCUAGUCAAAGAACUGGGUAAACUCCUCUCUCUCCUCUUUUGGUAUCAUACGUAUCUAUCAGUUAAAUAUAUGUGUAUUCCAGUCCCUGCUCCCCUGGAAUCAGCUGUAAUGUUGAUUAUCUAUCAUGAGUUUGAAUGGAGAAGGUGAUGGUUUGUUAUGGUGCUGAAAUGUUCCCCAUAGCCACCCUGUAAUUCUAAACCCUGCACACAACUGAUUAUUUCCCUUUGUUAUCCUAUAUGA